CAUUCUUCUGGUCAAGUGAAUAUCUGGAAAUGGCUACAAAUGCAACCCUUAGCCUGCAAAUUGCAGCAGUCAAACAAUGCGCUUCUGCUUCUCCCUGUUUGUCGAAGUUGAGCAGUGUUAGUUUUGGUUUUGAAAGUAAAAGCAGAUCUUGUACAGAGCUCAGAAGUUCAUCUUACGUUUCACCAGCAAAGCUGAGUCAAAGCUUUAAGUCUGUUUCCGUAAAAUAUGAGAGGAUGGUUCCAAAAGCAAUGUCUGGAGCAAGUGAUAAAGCGCCUGCUUCAGGGUUGCCUAUCGAUUUAAGAGGUAAGAGGGCAUUUAUUGCUGGUAUAGCAGAUGAUAAUGGGUAUGGAUGGGCAAUUGCAAAGGCACUUGCAGCUGCAGGCGCUGAAAUUCUUGUUGGUACAUGGGUGCCUGCACUGAAUAUCUUCGAGACAAGUCUACGACGUGGAAAAUUUGAUGAAUCGCGAGUGUUGCCAGAUGGUUCAUUGAUGGAAAUUGCUAAAGUCUACCCAUUGGAUGCAGUUUAUGACAGUCCUGAAGAUGUUCCUGAGGAUGUGAAAGCAAACAAACGCUAUGCAGGAUGCUCAAAUUGGACAGUUAAGGAAGCUGUUGAAUCUGUGAAACAAGAUUUUGGCACAAUUGAUAUCCUUGUGCAUUCACUUGCAAAUGGUCCAGAGGUUAGCAAACCUCUGCUGGAGACAUCAAGAAAAGGCUACCUUGCAGCAGUAUCUGCCUCAAGUUAUUCUUUUGUUUCUCUCCUGAGGCAUUUUCUUCCAAUAAUAAAUCCAGGCGGUGCCUCAAUCUCUCUGACAUACAUUGCUUCUGAAAGGAUUAUUCCUGGAUAUGGAGGCGGUAUGAGUUCGGCAAAAGCUGCUUUGGAGAGUGACACAAAAGUCCUGGCCUUUGAAGCUGGAAGGAAAAAUAAAGUCAGAGUCAACACAAUAUCUGCAGGUCCAUUGGGAAGUCGUGCCGCAAAAGCUAUUGGAUUCAUCGAUAUGAUGAUAAAUUACUCAUUGGAGAACGCCCCAUUGCAAAAAGAAUUAUAUGCAGAGGAGGUCGGAAAUGCUGCUGCUUUUUUGGUGUCUCCUUUAGCUUCAGCGAUCACUGGUGCAACCAUUUAUGUUGACAAUGGUCUCAACGCAAUGGGGGUUGGAGUUGAUAGUCCAGCUUUUGAAGGUCUUGACAUUCCAAAAGACAAUAAGAGCUAGAGGGUGGAGGCAACGCUCACUAUGUUUUGGUGAUCUGGGAGAAAAUUUUGAUUAUUGGAAUAAUUGUUUAGCCUCUCCUUUUGUUGUCAUUUUUCUUGGUAUCAUAGAUCCAUUUCAUUUUGAUGAGUGGAUAAUUUGCUUUGCAUAUUCGAUGGUUACAUCGCAUGUUGUAACAAAUGGAACUUCAUUCUCGGCACAUUAUAAAUGAGCCUCUCAUUGAUCAAGUCUUUAUGCCAGACUAGAACUGACUUGUUGAUUAUGAAAUUCCUUUCGUAGA